AUUUUCCUCUUUUCUGCUUGAAAAUAAUGGGUGCACUUUUUAGCAGUCUUUUUAGUAAACUUUGGGGAGAAAAAGAGGUUCGUAUAUUGAUUCUCGGUCUCGAUGGUGCAGGCAAGACAACUAUUCUUUACAGACUUCAGAUUGGAGAAGUAGUUUCGACCAUUCCUACUAUUGGUUUUAAUGUGGAAACAGUGACAUAUAAGAAUAUCAAAUUUCAAGUGUGGGAUUUAGGUGGGCAGACAAGUAUUAGGCCAUACUGGAGAUGUUACUAUUCCAAUACAGAUGCCGUCAUCUAUGUAGUUGAUAGUGUAGAUAAAGAUCGUAUGCAGACAUCAAAAGAAGAAUUACACGCCAUGUUAGAGGAAGAAGAAUUAAAAGAUGCAGCUCUUCUUGUAUUUGCAAAUAAGCAGGAUAUGGAAGGUGCUUUAUCUGCUGCCGAAGUGGCCGAUGCUCUUGGUUUAUCGACACUAAAGAAUAGACAAUACUCUAUCUAUAAGACAAGCGCGGUGAAAGGUGAAGGAUUGACAGAAGGAUUAGAUUGGCUUGUAAACAUUAUUCAAGAAAAUAAAAAAUAAGUAGAAUAACGUUAUUAUUUGAUGCAAUAUAUACAACUUGAUUAGAUCUUUUGGCUUAGGAGCAGGCAUCAAGUGGUGUUUAUUAAGAAAUAAAUUUUGAAUAUAAUUAAUAGUCUUUAAGAUUCAACAGACUAAGAGUGCAAAUACAUAAAAGUGAAAGAUUACAGUUAUCAUCAGUUCAUA